AUGUCGUCCUUCACCAUCCCUCUCCUCAUCAAUGGCAAGGAGACCACCACCUCCAACACCUUCGCCGUGCACUCGCCCGGCGCACACAAGGAUCUCUGGUCCUGCAGCUCUGCCUCGGCCAGCGAUGCUGACGCCGCCCUCCAAGCCGCCAAGGCCGCUUUCCCUGCGUGGUCCAAGACCAAGCCCGUCGCUCGCCGCAACAUCCUGCUGAAGGCUGCAGACCUGCUGGAGCAGCAUGGAGAAGAGUUUAAGGAGCACAUGUCACAGGAGACGGGCGCUGUAGCCAUGUUCACCGGCUUCAACGUCAUGAUCGCUGCCGAGCUCAUUAGGGACGUCGCCGGCAGGAUCGGUGCCAUCAUGGGCGCCAUUCCCCAGACUCAGGACGACGACACCACCGCUCUGGUGCUCAAGGAACCCUUUGGUGUGGUUCUGGGCAUUGCGCCAUGGAACGCCCCAUACAUUCUCGGUGUCCGUUCCGUCCUCUACGCCAUUGCUGCCGGAAAUGCCACGGUCCUCAAGGGCUCCGAGCUUAGCCCUCGCUGCUACUACAACAUCGGCCGCAUCUUCACCGAGGCAGGACUGCCGGCUGGCGUCCUGAAUGUCUUGUAUACCACUCGCGACGACUCUCCGGCCAUUACCUCGCAGUUGAUCAACUCGCCCGUGAUCAAGAAGGUCAAUUUCACUGGUAGCACUGCCAUUGGCUCCAUCAUUGCCGCCACCGCCGGCAAGGCGCUGAAGCCGUGCCUCAUGGAGCUGGGCGGCAAAGCUUCCGCCAUCGUCCUUGACGACGCCGACAUCGAGACGGCUGCUACGCAAUGCGCCCUCGGCGCCUUCGUUCACAGCGGUCAGGUCUGCAUGUCAACCGAGCGCAUCCUGGUCCACAAGAGCAUCAUCGACAAAUUCCGUCCCGCGCUGAAGGGUUUCCUCGAGCACUUUGACGCCGGUCCCGCACCCAUCGUGGUCCAGGGCGCGGCGAUCGAGAAGAACAGGAAACUCAUCGAGGAUGCCGUCACGAAGGGUGCCAAGGUUGUGCAUGGAGACCACAAGAGCCAGGAGAAGCACCCCGAAACCGGUGAGAUUUCCGCGACGCGGUUGCGUCCGAUCGUCGUCGAGGGUGUUAAGGAAGAGAUGGAUAUGUAUCACCAGGAGAGCUUCGGUCCCAGUGUCAGCUUAAUUGAAGUCGAGAGCGAGGAGGAGGCGAUUAGAAUCGCCAAUGACACCGAAUAUGGUCUCACCAGCGCCGUUUUCACCAAGGACCUUGGACGCGCACUGAGGAUUGCGAAGCAGAUCGAGGCCGGAGCGGUACACAUCAACAGUAUGAGUAUCCACGACGAGCCUACGUUGCCGCACGGCGGCUACAAGAAGAGCGGCUGGGGCCGUUUCAACGCCCACUGGGGUCUUGAUGAGUUCUUGCAGACAAAGACUGUCACCUUCAAGAACUGA